GACUGCUUACCUUUUUUUUCUGUAGCCCCGGCAGGCGCACGGGUAGGAAAAACGGGUAUGUAAUUGUUGCUUAGAACACCCAACAGUACCUUGGAGAGGCGUUGUUUAGGAGAGUGGUUGGUGGAGUUGCGAUGUUGUUUGCAACAUGACAGCCUAACGUCAACCGCAGUUAAUAUCGAAGGUGUACAAGAUCGAGUGGAGUGUAGCGGAGCACAGCCCAAACAGAGUAAAAUCCCGCCCAAACAGUACACGCUGCUGUGUCUUUUGUGACUUCGGCUUUGGGACGCACAUUCCGAUAUUCGCGUGCCGUUGUAACAAAACAGGGAAAUGUUCCUCCAGGGCAACCGGUUAUUGAUACACGGUGGGGUAAGGACAUAGCGAGACAAGGUGGCACGUACCGGCAGGAAGACGAUUUGGGUCCACGAUGUAACACAUGCGAUAACCGAAUCAGUUCAACUCGGAACUUCUUGGAGUGCAGAUGUAAACUUAAAACUUGUGGUUGUUGGUGUUUCAGUUAUUUGUGUCCCUUUUCGGCUGGAAAAAAAGGAACCUUUACGUGUUUUCUUUUUGCAACGGAACAAGUAUACGACUAAUUUUGCAGUGAUAAUAAGUCUGAUAACGAUUGUGAGGAAGAAGGUGCAGAACCAAAGAUGAGACUACGGGAACAGUUGGCACGCGAAAUUUUUGACCCAAGUUCCUGCCUAAGCCAAAACAUUAUCAUCCGGGAGAUGGUGUUACAGCAUAAGGAAAAAAUGUAAUGUUAAAAAAAUAAUUCUGUUAAUUAUCGACAGCUUUUAUUGUUGUACAGUAUUCGUCUAUUUUUAAAUGGAAAUAGUUACUUGAAGAAACCAAAACCCCUUGUAACCUCACAAGGAAACUCAUACCCUACCAAAUAAUGUAGAACAUUUAAAAGUCAAUGAACUUAUACAGAAGGAUAAUCGUGUUGUUCUGCGGUGAACGAUGACCGACGACGCCCCAACCGAUAUGACUAAUCGAACAUAAAUUAUUGCCCUACCUUCGAAGAGCUAUCGGCAAGAAGAAUGGUGUGAGUCGAAUUGUUUUCCGGUAUAAAACCCAUCAUGCAGUUGAUUUUAUAUUCCCAGCUCGUGACUGGUGGUGAAGUUUUUCAUAAUUCAUAAACCAGUGGGUUUCGGUUUUACAUGCCCGAAAAAAAGGGUAGUCUAUAACCUAUGCGACAUUAGAAAUUAUGAAUUGAUUAUGAGUCGAUCGACGGCAACGAUGGAUUGGGGAUGAUGUGCGUCCUCCUUCCCAUAUUGAAACUAUCGUCAGUGACGUUGUGUCUGAUUUUGUUUUCCCUUUUGAUUUUUACUUGCAGGCGGAAACUAAACGGGUACUCUAGUUUGGAUUUAUUCGUUAUGCCUAUAACCGACAAACCGCGAUUAAAUCACUCACAAAAUGCCAAAAAAAUCAUACCAGCCACUCCCAAUCCAUGGGUUGCCGGUGGUCCACCGGGUGGAAAAGAUGCCGUCCUGGUGUUCCGUACCUAUGCGCUUUCACCUGCGGCCUCGGAGAACGGUUCGGAUCUGUGCUCCGGUAGUGGCAGCCCAUCAGUGACACCGUCGUCGGAAGCUACGGCAAGCCCUUACCCAGCCGAUAUUGCAGCCAACGCUGGUUCGUCCACAACUCGGCUGGCCGAGUUAAAGAGCGCACAGAAAGCCUCUUCCACUGCCCCCAAUUCGACACUGCCGAAAAAUUUUAAUGUUCAGCGUAAAACACGCGGAACGGCACCGAGCAGAAGCAGCACAGUCACUACCGAGGAUGAAAACGACGAUGACGAGGAAGAAGGUGAAGGUGGGGACGAGGAAGACGACGAUGAGGAGGAAGAGCUUGAGCGGAAUGAUCGGGCUGCGGCAACAGAUGAAGAUGCACAGGACGAUGAAGAGGCAGGAGAGGGUGAGGGUAACGAUGACGAGGAGGAUGGGGAUGAAACGGAUGCCGGUACAACGUCACAGGAGGAAUCAAGUCCUGUCAAGGGAAAGACAACAGUAGCCGUUGAAGAUACGCGCACGAACAAGUCGAAAAAACGUCAGCUCGAAUCGUCAUCCUCGUCCAGCUCGCUUAGCAAUGCGUCCAUGUCAAGCGUUAAGGGUGGCUCGGGAGAUGAAAUUGACACGGAAAUGUCAACCUCGAAAUCGGAACCCGCGCUAGCGAUGGCCGCAAUGGACAAGAAACUGGCCGCCCAUCGCAAACACAAGGAGGAAAACAAGGAAAAUCAACAAAGCGCGCCAACGAAAACGGAAAUGCCGGCGGCACAGCUGAACAUUUGUUACAAGUUCAUUAACACGGAGACGCGGCUGCUGAGGAAAAUUCUGAACGCACACGGUAUGGGCGAGAGUGGCCCGGAAUGUAACGAUUUCAACCUGCUGUGGACGGGCAUACACCUGAAGCCAGACAUUUUGCGAAAUUUAGCCCCGUACCAGAGGGUGAAUCAUUUCCCUAGGUCCUACGAGCUGACACGCAAAGAUCGUUUAUACAAAAACAUUGAGCGGAUGCAGCACCUUCGGGGCUAUAAGCAUUUCGACAUCGUACCACAAUCGUUUCUACUGCCACAGGAUUAUAAGGAACUGAUAGCAGCGCAUAACAAAUGUCGAGGUCCGUGGAUCGUAAAGCCAGUCGCUUCGAGCCGAGGUCGUGGUAUUUUCAUUGUCAAUUCGCCGGAUCAGAUUUCAUCGUUCGAACAGGUUGUGGUGGCAAAGUACAUUUCCGAUCCGCUUUGCAUCGACGGGCAUAAGUGUGACAUACGCAUAUACGUUGCAGUGACCUCGUUUGAUCCACUCAUCAUCUACAUCUACGAGGAGGGUCUGGUCCGGCUGGCUACCGUCAAGUACGACCGGACGGCGGAAAACCUUUGGAAUCCAUGCAUGCAUCUGUGCAACUACAGCAUCAACAAGUACCACACCGAUUACAUCCGCUCGAGUAACGCUGGCGAAGAGGAUGUCGGGCACAAGUGGACGCUGAGUGCGCUGUUGAGGCACCUCCGCAGCCAGGGUUGCAACACCGAGCAGUUGAUGCUCGCGAUCGAGGAUUUGAUCAUCAAGGCGAUUUUCUCCUGCACGCAACCGAUCGUGUCCGCCUGUCGGAUGUUUGUACCGCACAUUGGCAAUUGCUUCGAGCUGUACGGCUUUGAUAUCUUGAUCGACGACAUGCUGAAACCGUGGCUGCUGGAGGUGAACCUCUCGCCGUCACUUGGCUGUGAUACGCCACUCGACACGAAGGUAAAAGCUUCGAUGUUGACCGAUCUGCUCACGAUGGUGGGCAUACCGGCCAUCAGUCCGCUGCAAAAGGCAUGCUACGAUAGCAAGGGGCAGAAGAUACGUAACCUUACGACACCGUACAGGCGCGUUAAUUCGGCCGAUUUUGUACAUACCACCGGGCGGAAGGAUGGUCCCGGAAACGGUGGUAAUCAACAGCAGCACCAAGGGAAAGGAGAUGGGGCCGGUAAGCUACAGACGACGCUGAGUGCGCUUACGGCAGAGGAGCUGAAGAUUGUUCGCUUUGCACGGUCGCAGUAUGAACGGCGGGGCGGUUUUGUAAGAAUUUUCCCAACAAGUGACAGUAUGACCCGGUACGGAUCGUUGCUCGACCCAAUCACGGGCAUUCCUACGUCGGCGAUUACGUCGUCUAGCAGUGGCACCUAUCUAAUGAUCAUACCGCACAACUACAAUCAGAUGUUACACUCGCAGCUAUUCCCGGCCGGAAGUGAAACCGAGAACCGGAUCGUGCACCGCAUACAGAAGUACGAGCGGGCCCUUGAAAGCUCGCUACCGAUUACGAUCGGUCCGAAGCAUACGGCACCGAAGUGUGUGGAUGAAGCGAAACGGCUUCGAUUGCAGGUACGCAAGCUGAUCGAGAACGGGCACGAGAUGAGUAUUCUGCAGGCAAGGCGUGCCUUUGGCUUCUACCUGGAGUACAUCCUGAAGCGUCUGUCGUCCGAGCCGAAGCACAGCCACGAGGAGCUAAUUAUGAAGUUCCUCUAUCGCGUCGGUGCCCACAUGAAGACGCCCUUUUUCUUCCGCAACUUUGGAAACAAGGCGCUCGGCAAGGAUCGCGGUGCGAUGGUAGCAAAGCAGCUUGGUGACUAUUUGCAUCUGUACAACAAGGAGACGGAAUCGUACGUCGAUGUGUUUGAUAUCGUUGGCAUGCUGCCGAUAAAGCUGUUUGACGACUUUCUGAUGCAGGCCAGCGAAGCGGACCUCGAGUCGGUCCUGACGCUUCACACUAAUCUUACGCAGCAGAUGCCCUUUCUGUACAGUGGCUGUUCGACCAGUAUUCCACCGGCGCCACCCAUACCGGUCGGUGCGCACGGUUUUCUCAAGGCCCUUCCCAGCAUGGCUCCGGGCGGUGCUAACAAGGAACUGAUACGGUUGGAUCCGUUUUAUAGACGCGUUGAGAGUAGGUUACCGCUUGCAGCCCGUGUCGGUGGACUGUCGGAUGCACGCGGACCGGGUGGUGGUGUGGGAGAAUCGAAAAGCUCGGCACGGCUUUCGCCGAUGAAAAAGAAACCGCCUAUCGGUAGCAUGGUAAAAUCAUCCCGCGAGCGUGAACAGCGUUCAAACUGGCUUUACUGAGUUGAGGGUGUUUUGCUGUAGCAUGUAAGAACAUUAUUUAUUCGUUAUGCGUUAUUUGUAUACCUUCUGUUUAGUGGAAUUUUUCGUGACGUUUUGUUCGUGUAGGUAGUAUUGUUUCCUAAAUGUUAGUGUUAUAUUUUGUGUUAAAUUAUUUUCUAUGUGUUUCAUUUAGUCAAUUAACGUUUAUGCUUGUGUACAGUAAAAUACGUUUAUGUGAUUAGUUUAUACGAGCGAAUGCGAGUCCUUCUCACGUCUCACGAUUGUCCAAAGAAGGGCUGAUAGUAGCAGUGUUAAUAGUGAAAAGGAAUCCAGUUUUUAAAGUUUGUUCAUAAUAUACGCGAUUGUGACUUAAUCUCAUUUUCCUAGAAGUAAGUGAAUGCAACGCGAUUAAAGUGCUUUUUGUAAAAAGAAUUAAGCUUACAAUUGAACUCCAUUCGACCGGAGAUUGGGUUUCGUUUUGGUUUAGAUGCUUUGCAACCGACUUACCGUAACGCAGCAAAGAAAUAGUAGCAAUUGCUGGCAGCUAUCCUAAGCAAGCACAGUCCCAAGAUAGGAAAAAGUAUCAGACCCGAAUUUAAAUUGUCUAGUCAUGUAUUCCAAAAAACAAACACGUUCUUAAAAGCAUACCAAUUUGCCCGCUUUGUGAUUGACGCUAGUGAGGUUUGCGCUAGCGGAAAAAAUGUGACAUUGGCAAUGGCAAAUAACGAACCUUGUGCACCAAAAACUGAAAGCAUAUGAACAAAACUGGCUAGUAAAUGAAAUACAAAUACAAACCAUUAGCUUAUAAUGUGAUAUACGAAACGAUGUAGGAUACCCAAAUGCUGCAAAAUUUCAAAAAUACUCGGUGCUCGAAAGAUCGAAACGAAGGACAAAUGAGUACCGCUCACAACAAUACAAGCUACCAGCAACAGAUGAAGUACAUUUAAGCGUAACGAACAUAAUCCGUCAAAUAUGAAAUGAAAUCAAGUGCUUUUUCUCUCUCCUCACUCGCGCAUCACGAGUUUUAAUGUGUUUUAAGACAAGCUAACAUAAAACAAAUCAAUACAACAACCCCGAAAAUCAACAAACUAACUAAUGCAACGAUUGUGAGGCCGUUACAUGUUGAUCUUUAAGCGAAAAGACAACAAGAAAUACAAUAUUUACUAACGGUAGUUUCGUAUACCUUUUUGGACGAAGACAAGUAAUUAUAAAAUAGGCAUGCGUUUGUACAGCGGCAUGCAAUUGCUUAACAAAGGUAGAAAUACAUAUAAAAUUUGUUUCGGUUGUUCUUUUAACGAAGGACUAGCUUUGCUUACAGUCUUAAUACUAAUCAGUGGGAUAAAAUGCUUGCUACUAAACGAAAUGGACUUCAGCAAUGUGAAAGAUAAUGUUGCAGUUCAUAAGCAUAUUUCAAGAGUUAAAAAGCCCGACUGCAGCCAGAAAUAUUCCAUUCUUUGAAACAUGCUUAUCGUUGCAAGUGUUUAAAAGAUAUUACACACCAAUAGAGAAAACCCCAAACAGUUAACGAGGAGAGUACCGUAAGAGCAUAUGGUGAACAGAAUUUACAAUCAUAAUAGAGAACAAAAACCACUAGUAAUAAGUAUUCUGGGCUUAACACGGUAAAGCAUAGAACAACCGUAAACGCAUGCACAAAACAUUGUUGCUUUGAAAGUAAAUUUUUAACGUAUAUAAAUGCACAAAACGUUUGCGCAGUGUUUGCAAGUUGCAUUAUUCGCCGUAAACUAAGCAAAAUAGUAGUGGCGCAAGGUUACGCACAAAUGAAUUACUCGUGUAGGAACCGGAACAUUAUGAAGCAUGUUGCAUACUUUGCGUAAUGGGCUACAGCUGUAAGAUACCACGGAAUUUUUAAACGUGAUUCGAUUUUGUUUUGCGGUUUUUGUUUGUCAAUAUUAAUUAGUUCACGCAUCGCCAUGUUAAGGAACUUCAGCGACAGUUAUAAUGUUGUUCACAUGAUACAAGAACGCGUACCAAGGUGUGAUUGCAGCAAACGUCUCGAGCAAGCAAGAGGGAAUGUUAAUGAGCGUAAAGCUUUUUCCUAACCAAAUAAAAAAAAAGCAUAACAAGGAUUUCAGAUUUAUUCAAUAGUAUACUAACUAACGUUUAAACUCUUGGUGAAGUGAUGAGGGAAAUGCUACAAACGAUGCAACAUUUUCACGUUAUUUCAAUUCCUACCAACGAUAAGGUAAUUUCUCUGUAGGUUGUUUGCAGGACAUCCUUUAUAGUAAAAACGACAUCCCUUACAACAUUUUGCAAAAGAGACUACGAAAUAAAUGAUAAAUUGAAAACCAA